AUGCGUCCCACGUUCGUCAGAGCGUUCUCGAACGAUUGUUUAGACGACAUCAUUGAGUCCGAAAUCAAUCAAUCGUCCACCGGUCCUGAAUUGCCAGCGACAAACGGUAUAGACGACGGGGUUGAGGGACAGCAGCCCAGGCAGUUCAUAGUUGCGGUGGACUUUGGAACAACGUUCUCCGCGGUGGCGUACACAGUCCUUAGACCGGACGAGGACAGAACUUUUGUAGAUAUCCACCAGAUUUCAUGCAUUUCCGGAUACGGCGAUGUCGGUGAGAGUGUGCGAGGGUUGACGAUGGAAGUGCCCACUGAAACGUGCUAUCCUCUGAACGCCCGGCCCACUCAAGCGAGUUCUGGUGAGAUGAUGGACCUUGACGCCCCGAUCGAUACGGAGCAAAUCUUUCGUUGGGGGUUCUCUGUCCAUGAACAUUUCAAGUUACCGGAUGCAGAUCGCAGCAGUUUUCAGCGAAUCACCCGGUCCAAGUUGCUGUUGGACAAGACUGAUUACACUAGGGAGCUCCGCGAACAACUCCAGGUGACGGCAAAGAAACUGGAGGCGUUAGGGAUUAUCACAGACAGCAUGGACUUAAUUGUUGAUUUCUUAACGCACUUGCUUGCGCAUACCAAAGCUCAACUCAUAUCGCAUGGUUUCAACGACAACGACUCAGUCGAGUGGGUGCUCUGUGUUCCAGUAGUCUGGCGAAGACGGGCAGUGAGGAAAAUGCAAGAUGCAUUAACUGAGGCCAGCCAUCGAGCGCUCUUGGGUCGAACCAUAUCAAACAGUGUGGAAAAUCUCUACAUCGUCUCCGAACCAGAGGCUGCUGCUGCCCAUGUUUUGGCGUCCACUCGCGAGGUUAAGGCCGGAGAUACUUUCAUGAUUCUUGAUGCCGGGGGCGGGACUGUCGACGCCGUGAUAUAUAAGUUGAGAAACACUGAACCUCUACAGCUGGAAAAGGAGGCUGUGAAACCAGAAGGUGCUCUAUGUGGCUCUAGUUAUUUGAAUGAACGAUUCGAAGAGAUUUUGAAAGACCGACUAAAGGAUGAAACCUACCUCGCUCCUUCCACUCCUGGAGCACGCAAAACGAUAACCAUCGAGGGGAUCAUUGCAUCCCAAGUUUGGGAAUUUGAAACCCGAGUCAAAAGGAAUUGCGACAUCAUGGAUAGCAAUUUCACAGGCCACCCGUUUUUUAUACCAGGGCUUAAGGCAAAUCAUGAAAAGAACUUCACAGACAACCGACUGAGACUGGAUCAAAAGGAUUUCAAAGAUAUUUUCCGCCCUUGUUUGGAGGGAGUCUCCAAGCUCAUGCUUAAACAGCUCGAGUCAGCCCGUAGAAGUGGGAUCAUCGUCAAGAAAGUCUUACUCAUUGGGGGUUUUGCUGCGUCACCCUCUCUGCAUCGCUAUCUCAAGGCAAUCUUGCGCCAGCGGUCAGUUGAGAUAGUCGGCUCACCUGUGGGUCUCAUUCGCCCUAACGUCCGGGACACUGUGGUUGCUUCUGGUGCAGUUCUCCGGGCUCUCAAUCGAGAACUAGGACCGGUUAGGAUUAUCCAAUCGAGCUACGGUUACCUGCGCACCGAGCCCUGGGACCCUGAUGCUAUUGAGGCUCAUCGCUCAAGCAAGCCUAAGCAGGCUGAUCCAAAUGACGGAGACUUAUACGUGAAGAAUACCAUAUGUUGGGUUUUGAAGAAGGGAGAUGAAGUUCCACCGUUUAAAGAAUACAAGUUUCGAACCUUGUUCACAUUCCCAGCGAACACGAAGCAGAGGUUUAAGUGCAACCAACAUCUAUAUGUUUCGGACAAACGCCACGAGAGCCAUUACAAACGAGGCCACAGGAACAAUAAAGGGGCUAAAGUGGCGGGCAAGAUUGAGCUUGAUAUGACUUUCUUGCGUACCGAGGGUCACAUCCAGCCAGUCAAGCCGGAUAAUGAGUUUGGCAGACGCCAUUACCGCGUUGAAUAUGACCUUGUCAUGAUCGUCGACGGUUACAAUAUAAGAUAUGAGGCGCGCUGGGAUAAUGGUCAAGGAGAACAUGUUCUCGCAGAGAAGCAAAUCAAUAUUGCCGCAGCGUUUGCCAGUCUUGAAUCGGAGGAUGAGUCGGAAGAAGAUGAAGAGGAGUAUCUUACUGACUGA